UUCCAAUUGCCAGUCAGUUGUUUAGUUCCUUGAUUUAAAACAUAUUAUUUUAAUUAUUUGUUGCUUUGAUCAAAUAAAAAGACUGAUGUGGUUAUAUUUAGAACUAAGGUAGUAGUAAUUAGUCGGUGGCACAACUUAAUAUAAGUUAAAUAGAUGUUAUAAGUGAAGAUGUCUCGCAAUAGAUGCGAUGGUUUACUUGCGAAGGUCGAUUUUCCUCUUUACACGCUUCAGACUCUGACGAAUCGUCACGUUCUUGUAGCGGGAGGAGGUGGUGCUUCGAACACGGGUGUCGCAAAUGGAUUCGAAAUAUUUGAACUAUCACACAAUGGAACGCGAUUCGUCGCUGAAGAGGUGAUGAGGUAUGAGACGGGACCAAAUGUGGUUAUGACAUGUUCUGUGCAGAAUGUGCAGAACAGGAUAUACCUGGCAGCAGGUCAGGAGAGUCAUUGCCAGCUGUACAAAGUUAAUGUUAAAAUGGUGGAUGCAGCAGAGAUGCGUCGCGGGAGCUUUCGCGCCGAAAACGGCCUCGUACGCCGGCGCCGUACUAUAUCCGAGAACGAUAAUAUAUCGAAAAUGGAAAGCCAUAAUCACACUACAGACAAAAGGAUGUCUUUUGAAAUUAGGCCUUGUGACAGUGUGCAAACAGAUUUUGGAAAUGAUCCACUGCAACGAGUUGUGACCAUAAGUCAUGAUGGUAAACUGAUGGCCACAGGAGGAUUUGAUGGAAAAGUGAGAGUCUGGUCAUUUCCUAAAAUGCAACUGUUAUUUGAACUGCAAGGACACACCAAAGAGCUUGAUGACCUUGACUUCAGUCCAUGUGAUAGUCGGUUAGUGAGUAUAGCCAAAGAUGGACAGGCAUUAGUUUGGGACACGAAAGCUAAAGCGGCACCCCUCUUAAGUCUAACAUGUCAACCUCCAAACGGCACUAAGUACCUCUUUAGAAGAUGCAAAUUCGGCGACGUAGAAGAUAGAAAAGGCGAAUACCGAAUGUUCACAAUUGCGAACCCCCUAGCUCGUUCAGGCAAGCAAAAGGGCCUGGUGCAGCUGUGGGAACCUGUGAGCGGUCAGCUACGGAAGACGGUGGUCGUGGCGGAGUCGCUUUCCGCACUCGCAGUGCGCGACGACGGAAGAUUCGUAGGCGUCGGCACCAUGUUCAGCGGAUCCGUGGACAUUUAUAUAGCUUUUAGUUUACAGCGCGUGCUGCACGUGGGCGGCGCGCACGGCAUGUUCGUGACGGGCCUGCAGUGGGUGGGCGCGUCCGCCCUCACCGCGCGCAGCGAGGCCGCGCUGCUCUCCAUCUCCGUCGACAACCGCCUCGUCGUGCACACGCUGCCCUACCCCGGUACUGUUCCUGUCUGGGUUGCCAUCCUACUCAUUAUAUUCGUAUUGUUCUGUACCUUCUGUUUAUGUUCAUAUUUAGGUAUAUAACGAAAACAUAUUUAUCAUAAUUUAAUUUGUCAAUAUAAAUAUUUACUUUUAAGAAUGUUGGGAAUGAUAUAAGUUUAAUUUAAUAGGAUAAUGGCGAACAUCAAGAUAUUGUUAUAUGUAUGUUUGUAUAAAUAGAAUCAAUUAAAUGAAGUGCAGAC